AUGGUGCCAUUUUACACUCCAAUCGUGCUAUCCGUGCUAAUCUACCCUCUGGUGGAUGGGGGAAUUGUCACUUUGGAUCUUUCAGCCGAGGUAGAUGCCUCCAAGGUCGUGAGAUCAGGGUACCGGUCCUGUGGAGUUGCGCACUUUAAUUACAAACCAAACAUUGAUACGCUGAUAGUAAAGGUUGUAGACUCUGGAAAAGUCAUAUGGAAGACGAAGAAGGAAGAGAAAUGCUCCUCCCUGUCCAUCUUUAGGACAUGUGGCACCGCCAUUAAAACAAAUGAGACCAGGGCUAUAGUAUAUCUCACUGUGAAGAAAAAGAAGGGAGGGAUACGCAAACAAUAUUACCAACUACUUAAUGAGGAAUGGAAAGUCAUUCCAUAUUUAACCUACUUGGAACUAUUUGCUAAAGCUCUUCCUGAACGACAGCUUGAUGUUAGCGCCCAAUUGGAUGUUGAAGUCUUCAAGACAGUCGAACAGGUGUUUUUUGGAGUUCCUGUAGUAAUAUACAUGUCGUUUGAUGUAUUUAGGAUUACCAAUCUUCUAGAUGGCAACGCUAUACUAUGGAGAGCAAAGGGCCAUGAAUCAUUAGACUAUGUCAUAGUACACUUGCAUAAUGAAUCUCCAAAAUUUAUACAAGCUUUUGUCAAGCUAGACUACAACUACAAGAUCAUAUACUUUGAGAAAAGGGGAGAAACGUGGGCGUUGGUAACCAAGGAAGUCUUUUUUGAACAACUAGAAAUAUUUGAAUGA